GCUAAAUGCCUAAAUCUUUCUAUCUCACCAUAACCUACUCUUCCCUCUGCUCGGUGUCCAAAUCACAUCGCCGGGGAACAAAAAGUGUAGUUGAUCGGUGGGUGGGGUUUGUAGGUGUGCGAAUUGGAAGAGGGAUAUUUGAUGUACUUGCUCGCGGAUCUUAACUACAUACAACACCAUGAUCGCAUUAGAACAUAAAGAUACUAUGCAGGUGAACUGUGAGGCACCGAUAAGAUGCCUCCAGAACACGGGAUAUCCUCAACAUAUGCAUUACAACGGGGCGGCCAUAAAAAACUUUCCCGAGUUUAAUGAAGGCACCUACUCUCAACCAGUUGGGGAUAAUAUUGAUUGCUCAUUUAGCAGUGACCAACCAAUUGACUCAUCUAAAGAAUCUCCAAAAAAACCCGUUCAACAGCAUGCUUCUGGCUCUUGGUCCGCCUUCUACCCCGGCUCAAAUAAUAUGCGAAUGUGCGCAGUGAGUGCUUUUGAAGCCCAGUUUUAUCCUUACUCAGUGGACAGCCGGUUCCAUUAUGGCCCAUUCAAUACAAUCCCUCAGCGUUACCCUUACGAAUUCCAAUUCCAAGAUUUUCAAUAUUUUGUUGUCAUAGACUUUGAAGCUACCUGUGACAAGGAAAAGAACCCUCACCCCCAAGAAAUAAUCGAGUUCCCAUCUGUGAUUGUGAGUAGCAUGACUGGCCAGCUCGAAGCCUGUUUCCAGACCUAUGUGCGCCCAACAUGCAAUCAUCUUCUCAGUGAUUUUUGCAAGGAUUUGACUGGCAUCCAGCAAAUUCAGGUGGAUCGAGGAGUUACUUUAAGCGAAGCUCUACUUAGGCACGACAAAUGGCUUGAGAAGAAAGGGAUAAAGAAUUCCAAUUUUGCAGUGGUUACGUGGUCGAAUUGGGAUUGUAGAGUUAUGUUGGAAUCAGAAUGCCGCUAUAAGAAGAUCCGAAAGCCUCCUUAUUUCAACCGGUGGAUCAACUUAAAGGUUCCUUUCCAUGAGGUUUUUGGAGGCGUUAGGUGCAAUCUGAAAGAGGCUGUCCAGCUCGCUGGCCUGGCCUGGCAGGGUCGUGCUCACUGUGGGCUGGAUGAUGCCAAAAACACUGCCCGUCUACUCGCCUUAUUCAUGCGCAAGGGUAUUAAGCUCUCGCUCACAGAUUCGCUGAUCUGUCAGUCCACUAAUGAAUCGUUUACAUGGAAGCCACCCCAAGAUCAUCCAUCCGUUUCCCCUUACCAGACCCAAAAAGCGAGAGACCCGCACUUCCCAACAAUCCAGGUUCACCCGAAUUGCUACUGUGGGAUAAAGAGCAGCAAAGGCAUGAUCCAGAAACCGGGUCCAAAGCAAGGGAGCCUCUUCUUUGGUUGCGGGAACUGGACUGCUGCAAGGGGUGCCCGUUGCCAUUACUUCGAAUGGGCUGCUUCCCCUUGACCACUGGAACAACGAAAAAGGAAGUGAUCUAUUAUUAAUCGUCUACCCAAUCGUCAGCCCCUAGUGAUAUUAUGCUCGUCCUGUAAAAAGCGAAAAAAGUGUGUCUCUGGUUUGUGAUUCUGAGGAAGCGGAAUCUGCCCGUACUACUACUACUACUACUGAGGUCGGUCUCUCGCUUCCUGCAGAGUAAAUAUCGAUAUGGAUAUGGAUAGUUUGGCUCAAGGUUGCAUCUUCUCAAUGCACGAUAGCGUGUGCCGGAAAUAUGCAAUGGUAGAUCCAACCUGUUUAACUGACUUCUUAUUGACAGAUAAUUGGAAAAAUAUGUGGAGAUGGGAGGUGGUGUAGUUAGAGCAGGCGUUCACAUAAACAGACUUAUAUUUAUGUGUUAAAUAAAUAAUUGUGAACAAAUGCAGUUCAAUGGGAUCAAUGGAGUUGUUUGCUUGCCUCA